UGGUAUGGCGUACCCAUUGGAUGGUUCGUUGCACCAACACUUUAGAUCGAUGAAGCCUAGUCAUUAUAAGGUCCAAGUUGAUUGUAUUUACGACGGACAUGAUGAUGACACUCUUCCGGUACCUACUGGAGAUGGAUUCAAUAACUUAGGCAGGGCUCUUGCUAGUUUUGUGCAAUGGCCAAUUCACUUGGUGAUUUUCGAAGAAGACGAGGAGUACUCUACUCCACGCCCAACAAAGAAGUCCAGGAGUCAGAUUUUUGAAGAGGUGGUUUGUAGCUCCAAAGAGAAGAAAAACGAAUUAAUUGUCAAAGAGAAGACAACAGAAUUAGUUGUCAAAGAUAAGACAACAGAAUUAAUUGUCAAAGAGAAGGCAACACUUGAUUUAGGGUCCAAAGAGAAGACAACACUGAAGUUAACGGCCAAGGAAAAUUCAUGCUCAAAUAAGUUGGAGUCGAAAUCGAAGUCGAAGAACUCUAAGAAAUCCAAAGAGAUGGUAGGUAGUUGUGAUCGUAAAACUGAAGAAUCAGCCGCCAAAAGUAAGAAGCAAAAUUUGGCAGACGACACAAUUCAAGGUCUUGGCCCAUCAUGCAAUUAUUUGAAGUUUAUCAUCAAUACGGCGCCCGGUGAUGUAUAUAAAAAUACUUCAAUCCCAUUGCCCGCUUCGGUUUGGCAUUAUGACGAAGAUCGACAAACUUAUGUAUAUGAGGUUGACGUUGAAGAGUUCCUUAGAGGGGCGUGCCUCAACAUUUCAGUGAUCCAAGUCUAUAUGAUGUGUUUAUUCCACGAACACACCUUUGCAUUUGACAACUCUCAGAUUGGGUUUGUUUGUCCCGAGGCAAUGUCAAGCUCUAGAAUCAAGGCCAACCCUCAGGCUGCAUCAAUGUAUUUGAAAGUAGUUUUCAAUGCUGAAAUUGAAAAGGAGAAGAAGGGUGAUCCUAACAUUACCAAGUGGUUUUUGAUCCCAUACCAUCAAGAAAAUCAUUGGAUUUUGUACGUGUUAGACCUACGUAGAGGUUGUGCGUAUAUUUUCGACUCUGCGAUAGGUUCCAACCGAGAAAAUAGUGCAUGGGGAAUCUUGUGUUUGGCAUACCAAGUGUACAAGUUUAAUGAUGGGAUUUGUCCGAAUAGAGCGACUAUGCAGGGGUUGAAAGGCUUCUAUGUAAAGGUAUAUCAUGCUUACUAA